GGCAGGCAGAGAGAGAGCAUGUGAGUGUGUGUGUGAGGGAGAAGAAACGGCACACAGUGGAGUAUUGCUCAGUGACUGGUGGCUGAGGUGAGGUGUAAAGCUGUAGGGGACUUUCUAAUAAUCAGGGGACCUGAAGACCCUGUCUUUUGUCAAAGAGGAAUCAAAACGAUAUCGGCUCUGUAGAGGCUGGACUAAAGGACUGAAGGAAUAUGGAAGAAAAAAAGGAGAAACGGAAUAAAGGUAGAGGAAUGUUUUCAGUGUGACUGUUUUUCCCAAACCACCAUUUUCCAUCCAUCACAUCCGGCGAAACUCACCACCUUCCCAGCACAGAGGGCGGACCUGGCUGGAAGUGUGUGUGUGACAGUUAGAAAGGGAGGAAGAGUGUCUGUGACACCUGUCGUCACUCAUUAUGCUGUUGAUCCAUCUCCAUAGCACUGACACACACAGGUGCAGUUCCUAGCGAGCGCAGCAGAGACACCUGAGAAUUUUCUGACAAACACAUACCUCCUGUCUCAUCUUCUCCAUUGAAAUGACGAUGUCAGGUUUAAACCGAGCGAUCGCUGCCUUCUGACAGUGUGGAUACCUUCUGUCCAAACUGGCACACUGGAGUUGAGCACAUUCUUAUCAUUAUACUUUCCUGAUUUCAAAUGGAUUCAACCUCUUUGAUCAACAGGUAAUAAUGUGGACCUGAGAAAAGGAUUGAAUGUGAGAUAUCGUGCUUAGGGUAUUUGCCCUCUGGUUUGGAAUACUUGGAACAGAGCGAAUGUCAUAGAGCUCUCUAUUGUUCGUUUUUUUUUGCUAAGUUAUUGUUGCUCUCCGUUUCCGUCCGUCAUUAGCUACGACUACUUGAAGAAUGAACCGAGGUGAAGUCUGUACCCAUGGACAGCCUUCUCUGACUUAAUCCCACAUGUAGUUUAACACUGACAGACGUUAUGAGGGUUGACUUUGAGCUCUGAGCAUGUGGAGACUCUUAAGGACCAGACCUAUCCCUCUCUGCUCCUCUCUCACCACGUAACAGACUUGUAAGAGUUAGUGUGCCAUUGUAAGGGACGUGCUGGAGGUGUAUGGCGACUGACAUAAUGAACCUGCAUGGGAACGUAUCGGAGUUGAUCUCUUCUGCCGUCAGAGCCAUAACGCUUCCGUCCUUUGACCCCGACCCUGACCCUUGGCCUAACGGUCCAGAGAGACUUCUAGGAAAUGAAAGCAGGAAUUUUUCAAAUGGGUGUAACGGGAAUGAUGGCGGCAAUGUGCAUGACUUUCCGCCAGGCAACUGGACGCAUAGCGGCAAGGUUUACAGUGAUGAAGCAAGGAUUCUGGCAUCAUCGCAGUGUGUGAAGGGGAUGAAAGCAGUGGACAAGAACUGGGCUGCUUUGCUGAUCCUGGUGGUCAUUGCCGUUACAGUGACGGGUAACAUCCUGGUCAUCAUCGCAGUGUCUCUGGAGAAGAAGCUCCAGAACGCCACCAACUACUUCCUGAUGUCGCUGGCUGUCGCCGACAUGCUGCUGGGCAUCCUGGUCAUGCCCAUCUCCAUGGUGACAAUUCUCUAUGACCACUGGUGGCCCCUGCCCUCGGACCUGUGCCCUAUCUGGAUCUACCUGGAUGUGCUGUUCUCCACAGCCUCCAUCAUGCACCUGUGUGCUAUCUCUCUGGACCGCUACAUCGCCAUCAGAAACCCCCUCCACCACAGCCGCUUCAACUCCCGAACCAAGGCUCGCCUCAAGAUCAUGGCUGUCUGGACCAUCUCUGUGGGUAUCUCCAUGCCCAUCCCUGUCCUAGGCCUGCGGGACCACACAAAGGUAUUUAAAGAUGGCAGCUGCCUGCUGACAGAUGACAGUUUCGUCCUGGUAGGCUCCUUCGUGGCCUUCUUCGUCCCCCUCACCAUCAUGAUGGUCACCUACUUCCUCACCAUCAGCGCCCUGCAGAAUGAGGCUACACUCUGCCUGGACCAGCUCGUGCCCAGGCCCAAGUGGAGUGCCACCCUGACCCUGGGAUUUUUCCCACAGUCCUCGCUCUCCUCAGAGAAGCUCUUCUUCAGGCGUUCGCUCAGCCGCGACACGAGAGGGGUGGGAGGAGGGGUUGGCGGGGCUGGGGUGGACCCGCGGUACGGGCGUCGUACCAUGCAGUCAAUCAGCAAUGAGCAGAAGGCCACCAAGGUCCUGGGUGUGGUCUUCUUCUUGUUCGUGGUCAUGUGGUGUCCCUUCUUCAUCACCAAUGUGCUGGCAGUGGUGUGCAACCCCAUGAACUGUGACCCGUGGGUGAUGGGGGGGCUGCUGAACGUGUUCGUGUGGGUGGGAUACCUCUCCUCAGCUGUCAACCCUCUGGUAUACACUCUGUUCAACAAAACGUACCGUGCAGCCUUCUCCCGCUACGUACGCUGCCAGUACAGCCCGGAGAGGAAGCCUCUGCAGCUCAUGUUGGUUAAUACCAUUCCUCCACUGGCCUACAACUCCACCCACCUGCCCCUGGAGGAAAUGGGGUCCCUCAGGAAUGGGGCCCACAGUGGUGGAGGACCAAAUCAAACUCAGACAACGACAAGGCACCCAGGGACCAAGAUGAGAGCAUCAGCUGUGUGAGAGGUUGUGAGCCUGUGAGGACUGAAUCUCCCAUAAUCCUAGUGAGAUGUGCUGUGUUUUGAUCACGAUCUCGCCUUGUUUCCGGAAGGAAACCUUGGGAACGGAGGUUCCUGUGCUGGAAUGUGUUCAGUAGCUCUGUGGUGAGACUCAUACCAGAGAGGAAUAUGUGAAGAGAGAGGGUCCACUCCCGUCAAAAUCUGUCCACGCACGAAUACAGUGAUAAGCUGUAGGAAGCAGGGAGUACAGAGAGAGGAAAAGACACAACCUGCCUCACAAACACUUAAACUAGUUACACCAGAAGAGAACAACUGAGCUAAAGUAAAAUUAUCAGCAAUAGCCAGGGGCCACGAGGGGAUACGUUUCCCCAAAAUGUUCAUACACAUAGCCUGGAUACCAGACUGUUUAGCUAACAUUCCACUCCUUGUGUGCCAAAGAUGUUUCACAAUGACACAUCAAGGAGUGGAUUAUGAACUAAACACACUAAGCUACAGUGGCUUGCGAAAGUAUUCACCCCCUUGGCAUUUUUCCUAUUUUGUUACCUUACAACCUGGAAUUUAAAGUCAAUACUUUGUAGAGCCAACUUUUGCAGCAAUUACAGUUGCAAGUCUCUUGGGGUAUGUUUCUAUAAGCUUGGCACAUCUAGCCACUGUGAUUUUUGCCCAUUGUUCAAGGCAAAACUGCUCCAGCUCCUUCAAGUUGGAUGGGUUCCACUGGUGUACAGCUAUCUUUAAGUCAUACCGCAGAUUCUCAAUUGGAAUUAGGUCUGGGCUUUAACUAGGCCAUUCCAAGACAUUUAAAUGUUUCCCCUUAAACCACUCAAGUGUUGCUUUAGCAGUAUGCUUAGGGUCAUUGUCCUGCUGGAAAGUGAAUCUCCGUCCCAGUCUCAAAUCAGUUUCCCAGUCCCUGCCGAUGAAAAACAUACCUACAGCAUGAUGCUGCCACCACCAUGCUUCACUUUGGGGAUGGUAUCCUCGGGGUGAUGAGAGUUGUUGGGUUUGUGCCAGACAUAGCGUUUUCCUUGAUGACCAAAAAGCUCAAUUUUAGUCUCAUCUAAGCUGAGUACCUUCUUCCAUAUGGGAGUCUCCCACAUGCCUUUUGGCGAACACCAAAUGUGUCUGCUUAUUUUUUUCUUUAAGCAAUGGCUUUUUUCUGGUCACACGUCCAUAAAGCCCAGCUCUAUGGAGUGUACGGCUUAAAGUGGUCCUAUGGACAGAUACUCCAAUCUCCGCUGUGGAGCUUUCCAGUUCCUUCAGGGAUAUCUUUGGUCUCUUUGUUGCCUCUCUGAUUAAUGCCCUCCUUGCCUGGUCCAUGAGUUUUGGUGGGCGGCCCUCUCUUGGCAGGUUUGUUGUGGUGCCAUAUUCUUUCCAUUUUUUAAUAAUGGAUUUAAUGGUGCUCUGUGAGAUGUUCAAAGUUUCAUAUGUUUUUUUAUAACCCAACCCUGAUCUGUACUUCUCCACAACUUUGUCCCUGACAUCUUUGGAGAGCUCCUUGGUCUUCAUGGUGCUGCUUACUUGGUGCCCUUUGCCUAGUGGUGUUGCAGAUUCUGGGGACUUUCCGAAAAGGUGGAAGUAUACUCAGAUCAUGUGCCACUUAGAUUGCACACAUGUGGACUUUAUUUAACUAAUUAUGUGACUUCUGAAGGUAAUUGGUUGCACCAGAUCUUAUUUACGGGUUUCAAAGCAAAGGGGGUGAAUACAUAUAGCUCAAUCAACGCACCACUUUUCCGAUAAAUUGUUGUUUUUUAAAUUUCACUACACAAUUUGGACUAUUUUGUGUAUGUCCAUUACAUGAAAUCCAAAUAAAUAAAAUAAAAUAAAUAAAAAUCCAUUUAAAUUACAGGUUGUAAUGCAACAAAAUAGGAAAAAUGUCAAGGGGGUGAAUACGUUUGUAAGGAACUGUUUCAUACACCAUAUACAAAUAUAUAUUUGUGUAAAUACAUUGUGCCAAUCCGUAAAUAAAUGUGUGUAUUUUUGUUGUCGUUACCCGAAGAUACGGAGCUAAUUUUUGUAUUUUCUUGUGUUUCCUUCAUGCAGUAUAAAGAUACAGAAAUGUGUAUAGGUGGGAUGUAGGCUAAUGAAGAUGUACACUACCAUUCAAAAGUUUGGUGUCACUUCAAAAUGUCCUUGUUUUUGAAAGAAAAGCUAACUUUUUGUGCAUUAAAAUAACAUCAAAUUGAACAAUGUCUGCACUGUAUUUCUGAUCAAUUUGAUGUUAUUUUAAUGGACAAAAAGUUUGCUUUUCUUUAAAAAACAAGGACAUUUCUAAGUGACACCAAACUUUUGAAUGGUAGUGUAUAUGUUGACAGAUUCCUAGGCAUAGUUCAGGGGGCUAAAGGACCUUCCUUUUAAAGGUGUGGGACUCAUUUGCACUAAGAGUUGUUGUACCUAUGGUUGAUGUGAUCUGUUAUAACCCCUCCCUCUUUUUCAUAGGGAACCCACCAUCGCCACUCUACAACCAGUUCCUCUGAUCUCAACCCUACUCAAGCAUUGAACUGAUGCUUCUUUUUGAAACAUAGACAAUGUUGAUGUUGCCUGGGUGACCACUUUAACUCAGACGGAGAGAGUUCUGUGUAUUUUAUGGAGUCCAUUUUUUUCUUGACCCAAAUGAGAUUUUUUUUUUCUCUGAUUAAAGUAAAAUAGAAAUGUAAGCCUUUAUGAGUGUGUGGGGGUCAUUUUAGUGUGUACGUCUGACAGGUCAAAGCAGACCUGUUUUUU